AUGGCAGCCGUGCAGAGGAGCUCCCCCGUCCCCCGCCGGGCGGCGGCGGCGGCGGCGGCGGCGCCGCCGCCGCUGCUGCUGAUGGCAGUGGCGCUGCUCUGCCUGGCGGCCCAGACCAAGACGGCCAUGGGCGCCGGAAACUGCACCGACGACAUCACCAGCCUGGCGGCGUGCGCACCGUUCGUCCUGCCGGGGGCCUCCGCGCCCAACUCGCAGUGCUGCUCGGCGCUCGGCAGCGUCGAAAGGUCCUGCCUUUGCAGCACUCUCAACAUCCUCACCAGCCUCCCCUCCUCCUGCAGCCUCAGCCCCGUCCGCUGCAGUACGUAG